CCGGCACUAGCAGCAAGCAACCUCUGGCAGCGGCGCCACGGUUUCGCCAUGUCUGCGGCCAUGAGGCAGAGGUUCGACCGGUUUCUGCACGAAAAGAACUGCAUGACCGACCUUCUGGCCAAGCUCGAGGCCAAGACCGGAGUGAACCGGAGCUACAUCGCACUUGGUGUCAUCGGGCUGGUGGCCUUGUACUUGGUGUUUGGUUAUGGAGCCUCCCUCCUUUGCAACCUGAUCGGAUUUGGCUACCCUGCAUACAUCUCGAUUAAAGCCAUAGAGAGUCCCAACAAAGAUGAUGAUACACAGUGGCUGACCUACUGGGUAGUGUAUGGUGUGUUCAGCAUUGCUGAAUUUUUCUCGGAUCUCUUCCUAUCCUGGUUUCCCUUUUACUACAUGCUGAAGUGUGGCUUCUUGUUGUGGUGCAUGGCUCCAAGCCCUUCCAAUGGGGCGGAACUGCUCUACAGGCGCAUCAUCCGCCCUUUCUUCCUGAAGCAUGAGAACCAGGUAGAUAGUGUGAUGAAGGAUCUGAAAGACAAAGCCAAAGAGACUGCAGAAACCAUCACUAAAGAAGCCAAAAAAGCCACGGUGAAUCUACUGGGGGAAGAGAAGAAGAGCACCUAAACCAUGGAUGGAUGCAGCCUUCCUGCCCUCGUCUGCCCUUCCUGUUAGACCUGAUGUUAUAAUAGGGACUCUGGUAUAAUCAUUUUAAUAAUGUUGCCUUGGAUACAUUUUUGAUAAAUUAAAAAAGAAUGUGUUGU